AUGUUAAGGUCUCUCUCUUUGCUCCUACUCCACUCAUCGCUCCACUCCAGGCCGACCCCAUCUAGACUCCUCACUUCUGCCGCCUCCUCCGGUGCCCUAGGCGGCCGCGCGCAUGGAACCGUCUCUGCCGUGCUGGAGAUCGUCGGCCCCAUCGAGCUUCUGUUCCCGGCCUUCGAGGCGCGCCUCUAUGUGCGCCUCGUGCGGCGCUGCGCGCGCGGCGCGCUCGCCGCGGGCGCCGCCGCUGCCCACGCGCACAUCGUCAAACGAGGAUUUGCGUCCGACGUGCUCGUAUCCAACGUCCUGCUGGAUUCUUACGCCAAAGGAGUCUCUCUUGCAGCCGGGCGCCAGCUGUUCGACGAAAUGCCGCACAGGGACGUCGUGUCCUGGUGUACCGUCAUUUCCGCGCACGUCAGCCGCGGGAUCUUCGUCGAGGCCAUCGGAUUAUUCAAGGACCUAUUGUCCUCUGAUCAGGUGAAGCCAAAUCGGUUUGUCAUCUCAACAGUACUGAACGCCUGUGCCAAGUCGGGUGUCAUGGAGCUUGGGCUCAUGGUGCAUGCAUUGGUGGUCAAGUCUGGCCUGGGUGUCGACAGGUUUGUGGAAGUUGGAUUAGUGGACAUGUAUGCAAAGUGUGGUAAUAUGGGUGAUGCUUUUAGGCUGUUCAAUAAGAUUCCGAUGAAGAGCUCUGUUGCUUGGAAUGCAAUGAUUUAUGGUUUUGUCGAGAACAGUUGUUUUGUGGAGGCUGCUGAGCUUUUCCAGGAUAUGCAUAAAAUUGGCAUGGCAAUGGAUGUGGUGACAUUGAGGGUAGUAGCCGGUGUUGCUGCUAUUCUUGGAUCAUUUGAUCUUUCUAGGAAUAUUCAUGUUUAUGCUCUUAAAAUGGGCUUGGGAGUAGAUUGUUUUGUUGUGUCUGAGCUCAUCAAGUCAGCCGGGAGGGUAGGUGAAACUCAGUACAUUGGAAAGCUUGUUGCUGCAGUUAGAAAGCGUGACGGAUCUUUGUAUUCUUUGGCUAUUUCAAGCUAUCACUCAAAUGGUUGUCAGGAUGAAGCAGUGAAACUUUCAGAAAAGUUUCUUUCUUCAGGUCUCAGCUUAAGGGAAGGAGACAUGGUUACAGUGCUUGGCAUAUGUCAAAUAGAAGAGGAGGUUCGACAAAUGCAUGCUUUUACUCUGAAAACCGGAGGCUUCUGUUAUACUAAUGUAUGCAAUGCCCUUAUGUCAGUAUAUUCUGAACUUGGAUCACUGAUGUGUGCGGAAUCAAUCUUCAAAACUAUGCAAUCACCAGAUGUCGUAUCAUGGUCUGGAGUGAUGGCAGGCUGUAUCAAGAACCUCCAAUUUGAGAGAGCGUGCAGUUACUUUAGGCAGUUAAGCAACACUGGAGCACCGCUAGAUCAGCAUUGUGUUGUUACCGUCAUAAAUGCAUGUACUGGUCUUCAGGACUUGGAUAAGGGGAGGCAGAUACACUCAUUUGCUCUUAGACUUGGGCUACUGCUUGCUGAUUUCGUCAGUGCAUCCCUAGUAAACAUGUAUGCAAAAUGCCAUUGCAUUGAGGGUGCUGCUGAGUUAUUCACCCAUGCAUUGUUUCCACGGAAUUUAGUUGUAACUAAUGCCAUGCUCUCUGGAUAUUGCUGGAAUUUCCUGCCAGAUAAAGCUCUGCUGCUAUUUUGCAGGGAAUAUCAGUUUGGUCUGUGUCCUGAUCGAUUCACUUUCUCAACUGUUCUUGGUGCAUGUGCUGAUAUAAGAGCAAAGCAGGCUGGCGAGCAGAUCCAUGGCUACCUUGUAAAGAUUGGUUCUGAAAAUCUGGAUGUCAUUGUUGGAAAUGCUAUCAUAGACCUUUAUGUUAAGUGUGGAUGCAUUUCUAGUGCCUGUAGAUUCUUUCAUAGCAUGAAGAGUAGGAACAUCAAUUCAUAUGCCAUGUUAAUGUUGGGUUAUAUUCAGAACAGAUGCAGUGAUGAAGCUCUUCAUCUUUUCUCUAAGAUGCAGCACAGUGGACUGCGUGCAAACCGUGUCACCUUUGCAAGAAUCUUACGGGGAUGUGGCGAUCUUUGUGCUAUUGAUUUAGGAAGACAACUGCAUGCUUCCAUCAUAAAGAUGGGUCUGCUUUCUGAUGUAUAUGUCACAAAUGCACUUGUGGGAAUGUACAAAGCAUCUGACAUUCAGACUGAAUCAAGAAGAAACUCUGAAGAAACAUUGGCAGGAAAUGUUUCAGAACAGGAUACCACAGAUAGUUUCAGUUCAGAACAAAGCUAUGUGAGCAGCACUCUUGAAGAACUUGGACUGUUCACAUUGGAUGAAGAGAAUGACCAUGUAACUUCUGCCAAUGCGUGGAAGAUCUGCACUGGUUCUGCUUCUCAAUUCUAUGGAACUCCACUUCCCAUUCAUGUGGAUGGACAUGAAUUUGGAACCAAUAACAACAUAGGGAAUGUAAACAAUGUCAAGUACAAUGGGAAUAAGCUUUCGCUAAAUUACAAAAAUUCCAGCUACAAGGGAAAUAUAAAUGGAUCUGUUAAGUUAUGUAACUUGUUGCAAGAGGACAGCACCAAAUCUGAUCACUUUGUCCUCAUUAUUUUUGUUGAUAGUAGGAAUUUAAAGAUGAGGGAUGCAAGAUUUAUUAAUGUGGAACCGCUGAAAAGAUAUGGUGAUGUCCCUGCACUUGGUUUUCCUCCUUGA